AUAUUAACAUUAAAGAAAGGAUGAAAAUCCCCAUUAUCAUCGACUCUGCUGCGGAUGACAGUGAUGAAGAACAAAAGGUUUUUCCAAACCCCGUUGUGGAAGACAGAAAACUUGAGUUUGCAAAGAAAUGCAGUGAAUUGAUAAGUGAUAUAAGCUACAAAGAGCAGUAUAAAAAGACGAAGGGGAAAUGCUUGUUUGUUCCUGACUUGGUUCCACUGAAAGUUGUGACAGAUUCCAUUUCUGAGACCAAAUAUAAACAGGACAGCAAGCAAAAACUACCAAACUCUCUGUACAAGAGGAUGCCAGCAACGAUUGAUAUUGUAUUUGCAAAACAAGUAGCUGAACUUCAGAGCGAGGUCAUAUACAGGCAAAAAUAUGAUGCAGAAAAAGGAAAAUCAAGCUAUGCACAGAUGCUGGAAACCCCAGAGCUUAAACAUGCCAAGGAGGUCAACAAGCACCAGAGUAAUUUAUCCUACAAAAAAGACCUGUCAAACACACACAAGUACACAGAUGUGUUGAACAGACCAGAUAUUCAAAAGGCAACAGAGAAUUCCAAGAUCAUAAGCAAUGUUGAUUAUAGGAAACAAAGAGGUGAGAUGAACAAGGAACACAUGGUUUUAGGCCGACCGGAUUUUGAACACGCGAGGAAAGUUUCAAAGCUUGCUAGUCAGGUGAAGUACAAAGAACAAUUUGACAAGGAAAUGAAGGAUCGGCAGACACGCUACAACCCUCUCGAUAGUGCUUCAUUCAUGCAAGCUCAAGCCGCAUCUGCUCUUGCAAGUAAUGUUGAAUAUAGGAAGGACUUGCAAAAUAUACAUGAUCCAAGUUCAGACCUGCCAAACUCGCUGUACCUGGAGCACGCCUUAAGAAUCAGCAAGUUGCAAAGCAAUAAUACGUACAAGAAAGAAUUCAAAGAAAAUAAGGGGAUCUGCCAUUUUUCUUUGGAUACAGCUGAACAGAUCCACCAUAAAGAAAAUGCAAUUCUACAGAGUCAGGUUAAAUAUAAGGAGAAAUAUGAACAAUCUAAAGGGAAAUCAUUGCUUGAAUUUGUUGAUACUCCGUCUUAUCAAGUUUCAAAGGAGGCUCAGAAGAUGCAGAGUGAGAAAUCAUACCGAAAAGAUUUUGAGGAAGGAAUUAAAGGAAGACCAGGAGGAGAUUUAGAUCUCACACCUAUGUUUCUCAAUGCAAAGCAUGCGACUAAUCUGCUUAACGAGAAAGAAUAUAAGAAAGAUUUUGAGGAAUGGAUCAAAGGAAAAGGACUGAGUGUCUUAGAAGAUACUCCAGAUCUAAUACGUGUGAAGAACGCUUCUCAAAUAUUUAGUGAGAAAGAAUAUCGGAAAGACCUUGAGAAUGAGAUUAAAGGGAAAGGCAUGGAGAUAAGUGCAGAUAUUCCUGAUAUGAUGAGAGCUAAGAGAGCUUCUGAAAUAUUCAGCCAGAAAGAAUACAGGAAAGACCUGGAAACAGAAAUUAAGGGGAAAGGAAUGUAUCCAUGUGCUGAUGACCCGGAGAUACAACGUAUCAAAAGGAACUCGGAGAUAGUGAGUGAGAAGGAAUAUAAGAAAGAUCUAGAGACUGAAAUAAAAGGGAAAGGAAUGCAGGUUGGACCAGAUCUUCCAGAGGUACAAUGGGCCAAAAGAGCCUGUGAAAUUGCAAGUCAGAAUAAAUAUAAAGAUGAAGCUGGGAAAAUGCUUUCCACUUAUUCCAUAAUAGCAGACACUCCAGAGAUUGCGAGAGUCAAAAAUACUCAAAAGAACAUAAGCUCUGUAUUAUAUAAAAAAGGUUUGGGAGCUGGAACAGCUGUUAAGGAAACACCAGAGACUGAAAGGGUUAGGAUCACUCAGCAAAAUAUCAGUACAGUGAAAUACAAAGAUGAAAUUGGGCCAGCUACUGCCAUUUCGGAUCUGCCAGAGAUACAGAGAGUAAAGGAAAACCAAAAAAAUAUCAGUAAUGUCCAGUACAAGGAACACCUUUGUAAAGCGACCCCUGUCACCAUCACUCCAGAAAUGGAACGAGUCAAGAAAAAUCAGGAGCACUUCAGCACGGUCCAUUACAAAGAAAAACUAGGGAAAGUCACCAAUGUUGGCCUUACCCCGGAGAUGGAGAGAGUGAAACGGAAUCAAGAAAACAUUAGUUCGGUUAAAUACAGCAGCGACUUGAAACAAAUGAAAGGUAGACGUAGCGUAAUUUUAGACACGCCAGAACUGAGGCAUGUCAAAGAAACGCAAAACAACAUAUCAAUGAUCAAAUACCAUGAAGAUUUUGAGAAGACGAAAGGUAGGGGCUUUACCCCAGUCGUAGAUGAUCCUGUGACCGAACGUGUUCGGAAGAAUUCACAAAUUAUCAGUGAUGCUGCCUAUAAAGGAGUCCAUCCCCAUGUGGUGGAAAUGGAUCGGAGACCUGGAAUUGUUGUUGACCUCAAAGUUUGGCGCACAGAUCCAGGUUCCAUCUUUGAUAUUGACCCUCUGGAAGACAAUAUUCAGUCUAGGAGUCUACGAAUGUUAACUGAGAAAGCAAGUCAUUACAGUAAGCAUCACUGCCACUCGGCCGGUGCUACUCAUGUGGGUCAGGUUGACGACAGGUCAGAAAUGUCAGAGAUGAACCCUAGUUUGUCUUACUGCAGUGAGGGCAGCAAGCCAUCUGGGGACGGAGCCCCAGUGUUACCUGGUGCAUACCAGCAGUCACCUCCGCAAAGCUAUGGGUACAUGCACCAGACCAGCAUGUCUUCUAUGAGGUCCAUGCAGUCCCCACAUGCACAAUCCCAGUCACAUUCUCUGAGUAUGAAAACAUUCAGGGCUAUGUACGAUUACAGUGCACAAGAUGAAGACGAAGUAUCAUUCCGGGAUGGCGAUUAUAUAGUCAAUGUGCAGUCCAUUGAUGAAGGUUGGAUGUACGGGACUGUACAAAGGACUGGGAAAGCAGGAAUGCUUCCGGCAAACUAUAUUGAGCUUUGUAACUGAUAGAACGCUUUACUUUCAUUUAUUUAGUACGCACUAUGCAUUUUUUUUAUGUUGGUGAGGAUUAGAUGGAUCAUGAAUUACUUAUCGUUCUAAAUCACAAAAUUAAAUUUUACAUGACGUGCUUAUGUAAAAAGCAGUGUCAUAGACUCUUAUAACAAGCUUCAUAUAUUGAUAGGAAAAUUAAAUAAAUUGUAAAUGGAAAUGGUGGCACAAUUACUAUUCUGCCCGACCUGUCAGCGCAAAAGGUUUUAAAUGGUACUGUACAGAAUUAAGUUUUAUUUUCCAUUGACGUCCACUCAUAUUUUCAUGCUUAAGCAGUUAAACAAACUACUCGAGGGCUGAUAUUAUUAGACAAUCCAUAAGGAAUAUUACAUGUGGUUUUAUAUAUUCUGCAUUACUAUACCUUAUAUAAUCUUUGUCUACCCAGUAAUGCUGGUAACUAUGGAUUAAUUACAUUUGCCAUAAUGCUUUAAUAUCCCUUUGACUUUUAAAUCCAUUCCAAUGGAUUCCAUAAAGAAUAAUCCAACAGCAGCCUUGUACUAGUAUGAAAUCUUAAAAUUAUAUUUUAAAAUAUAUAUUCCCUAAACUCCUGUAUCAAGCUCUUCUAAGACAAACAGUAUUACUCCUGUUCUUUACCAGUUGGGCUAAAACCUAUAGUGCUCUGUAAUAGUUUUCCCUUUGUCAACAUUAUUCACAGUAUCCUAAUUAAAACUACUUGUACAAUGAUAUUAAUAGGUAAACAAAAAUAUAGAAAACCAAAAGAAUAAAAAAAGAAUAUAUAUAUAUAUAUAUAUAUAAAAAGUAUCUUUCUUUUGCUUUUAGUCACUGCCAUUUGCAGCAAAGGGUAAGAUCAUAGUAUCAUAUUCUCAGACCCGACAGUGUUUUGUUAUGAUGUAAUCCAUUGCAACACCAGAUGGUUUUGUCUAAUGGAGAUAGGUGUGAUUAUUGAGGCAUUAACCCAAGCCAACACUUUAUCUUACUGGUUUCUACUGAGGAUAGGUGUAGAAUGAAUGAUGCCUCAAUGCGUUGGAGAAAAACAUAUGUUACAAAAUAAGUUAUAGAAACUUAAAAAAAAAAAAAUACUUUAGCACUUGUAUUAUUAAAUGUAAAUGUUUAAGAAAUAAUCCGCAUAACUGGAAGGUGCGUUAUAUUUUUUUGUAAAUCUACUUAGAGGUAAUAUUAAUGGUUAAAUUAGAUUUUUAACCCAUUCAGGACUUGCGACAUGUCAAAACUGGCGUAGCGACAAGGCAUUUUUAUGACUUUUCUGUCCUGAACAGAUUCAGGUGCUUUUUAUGCAGUGCUGCAAACUAAAAGGAUAUAUAAAAAAAGCACAAUAUAUUAAAUGACAUUCACCAAAGUCUAGGAAACAUUAUCAUUAACAGUAUGCUGUUUCUUUGAAUUGAUUUGUUUUGAUACGUAUAUUAUAUCACCGAUUUGCUUGUAGAUUUAUUAUGUGCCGAAUUAAAAAAAAAAAUACACUGGGAUAGUACUGGACAAUCAUGAGUUCUACACAAUGCACUAAAAUAAAAAUUAUUUUAUCAAUAUUAUUUUACUGGUGUAGCUUGAAAUAUUUAGCAUAUUGUUUAGAAAAAAAUUAAUAUUAAAAAAAAAUUAUUUUUUCUUUAUAUUAGAACACUAAUAAUUUUUCCAAAUAAUAUAUUCUGACACAGUUUCGAAGACCACCAAAAAUGAUGAGUUUAAAGGUAAAAUACAACCCCAACAAGUCUGUGUGUUGCACUAUAUAAGCAUACAUACAGAAACACUAAACCAUUCUUAGUAGUUUUAACUGUUAUUUUAACGUAUUUUGAAUAUAACAUAUUUCAAAAGGUGUGUCUUCAUGUACGAGUGGGAUAAACAACACCUAAAUUGCAGACUGCAGUGUAUUCCGAAGACUAUUGUCUCUUCCCUACCUUGGCAAAACUAGAUAAGUCACUCUAAGUAAAACAUAAAUGAACAUUGGUAUACCAUCAGUGUUGGUAUAAAAAUAAAUGAACAUAGUAUACCAUCAAACCUGUCCUGUAAAUAUAUUCAGCAUCCGUUGAAAACAUAUAACCUAUGUAAAAAUGGGAUAAUUGCAAAUAUUGAUACAACUGUUAUAAUAACUUUCACACUACAAUUUAUUAAUGUACUACACAGUGCUGUUUGAUUGAGAAUGUAUAAUAGCCCUGUGUGUAAUGUAUAAAUAACUAUCUACAAAAGAGUUUGAUGUAAAGAAGAGAUGAAAUUUGGGGACUAGGAAACUUGAGUCAUUAUUGUUUUCUGCCACUUGGGGGCACUGUUAUUUGUCAAUGUGCCAAAGAGUUUCAUAUUUGUAAAAAGAGCUUUUGGUUGAACCAUCUAUAGAUUCAUGUAAGAGCACAAAGUGUAUUUGAAGGAAACUUUGGAAUUGGGAGUAAUAGUAUACAAAAAAAGUAACAUAUUGUAUAUAGGGCUUGUUUUUAAAGAAAGGUGAUGAUUUGAAAUCCAGAUGGGAGUUUAAAGCUUUUGGGAAA